AGAAUUUUAACCAAGAAAUUCAAAUAGUUUAGCAAGAAAAGAAAAAAAAUGAGUGUUAGAACGUACAAUUCGUCGGUCCGAGUUGGAAAUUGGAAUGAAGAUUUGUGUCUGAAGGAGGAUAUGUUCAAAGAUUUUUUGGACAAGAAAGAAAAUGGCGAACUUCUAAUUCAGAAAACAAACAGUCUUCAAAAAACGAUCCUUAAUAAGGUAGACUUGUCACCAGCAUAUGACAACUUUGUUCACUUUGGAGAUCUGGUGGAAAUCUUCAACCCCGAAACUGAGGUAGUUUUGUCAGCAAACAUGCCUGAGACCAGAAUGUUUGAAGAACUUUCCCUUAAAGGACGAUGUGCACUAUCUGGCUCAAAGUUCCUGGAACCUUGUGUCCGAAAUGUUUUUGUUGUAACAAGCUGUGAAGAUCCAAAGGAAAACGGUAUAUUGAAGUUUGGUCAACAGUUUUACUUAAAAACAAUUCCCGGAAUUGGAGGAAAUCUUUCAUUACAAAGUGAUCGAGCUACAUUCAUGAAAUGUGCAAAGAAAUCAAGACACCAAGAAAUUCUCUUAACUGAAGAAACAUCCUUUCUGUCAUGUUGGAAGGUUUUGUGUUAUGAUCCACAAGAACGUUUAGAGACCGAAGGUCUUCCUAUCCCUGCGAAUAAAAAGAUAUUAAUAUGUCAUUGCAAGACAAAUCAAUGUUUAGCUUCAUUGUCUAACUACACAAUCAGAACUCCGUUUGGUCGGGAACAUGAAAUUACAGCGCAAACCUUCCUCGACUCUCACAAAGCAGAAAGACCUUCAAACCACUGGGUAUUUAUCAAAGAUGAAAAUAAUCAACGAUUACCAUCGAGAGCCUUGACUUCGCACCGACCAUUAACGAGUGCUCCCACUGCCACUGACCAUGCUGGGGAGGGUCAAAACUUACAGAUAUCCAAUACUGAUACCACAUAGUGUCAAAACUCUUUACAGAAUAUUAAAAACACAUUUCAUCACAUGAAUAAAAAUGUUUGAUAGCUAUCACAGUACUAUAUGACACGCCGCUGUGCGAUUGAAAUAUUGCUUGCUGAAGACAACCAACGAUAUUGUAAUUUAUAUGUGUGCGUAAUUAAUCGUGACUUAAUUAAAGCUUUUUAUCUCGUCAUGAAAAAUAUAUUAAAGAUGAUAGGAAAUGAUAUAGACAGCAUGCUUGAAAUGUAUAAGAUUAGGUCGUAGUCUUGAACACAUGUUUAAAUUUAAA